GGGACUCAGAGCGGCUUACAGAACACGCAUACGGCAAACAUUCAGUGCCUGAUUCUACAAUUAACAAGGACAGACAACGCAGACACAGGUAACCUCUAAACGAACCUUAUGAAGAAAACAUUGCCGUUUGCCUUACGUCUGAAAGGAAAGUACGCAGGAUUAACAAGAACAAGAAAUGAAUUGGAGAAAUUAUAUUUCAAGCUACAUACCUUUAAAUGUAAGGAAAGGGAGGAUUGUGCUGUAAAAAGAGGGGUUGGUAAAGAGAAAAUAAGGCUACAGCAAUACAGAGACUGGGAAGAGGAAAUGUCCUAUUCAGGAGUCCAUAUCUGUGAACUUCAGGCAUAAUAUUAGAAUAAUAAAUGUUAAAAAAUGGAAAAUUCAUUGUCAAAAUCACACACAGGGGAGAAGCGACAUAAUUGUAAGGACUGUGGGAAAUGUUUCAUUGAGAGAAGUUCUCUUGCUAAACAUCAACGAACACACACAGGAGAGAAGCCAUAUAAAUGUGUGGAAUGUGGAAAGAGAUUCAGUGAGAGUGGAAAUCUACGCACCCAUCAAAGGACUCACACAGGGGAGAAGCCAUAUAAAUGCAUGGAAUGUGGAAAGAGCUUCAGUCGGAGUGGAAGUCUACGCACCCAUCAAAGGACUCACACAAGGGAGAAGCCACAUACAUGCAUGGAAUGUGGAAAGAGCUUCAGUCAGAGUGGACAUCUGCGUAUCCAUCAAAGGAUGCACACAGGAGAGAGGCCACAUACAUGCAUGGAAUGUGGAAAGAGCUUCAGUGAGAGUGGACAUCUGCGUAUCCAUCAAAGGACUCACACAGGAGAGAAGCCACAUAUAUGCAUGGAAUGUGGAAAGAGCUUCAGUGAGAGUGGACAUCUGCGUAUCCAUCAAAGGACUCACACAGGGGAGAAGCCAUAUAAAUGCAUGGAAUGUGGAAAGAGCUUCAGUCGGAGUGACAGUCUACGUUCCCAUCAAAGGAUCCACACAGGGGAGAAGCCACAUACAUGCAUGGAAUGUGGAAAGAGCUUCAGUCAGAGUGGAGAUCUACGUACCCAUCAAAGGACUCACACAGGGGAGAAGCCACAUAUAUGCAUGGAAUGUGGAAAGAGCUUCAGUCAGAGUGGACAUCUGCGUAUCCAUCAAAGGACUCACACAGGAGAGAAGCCACAUAUAUGCAUGGAAUGUGGAAAGAGCUUCAGUGAGAGUGGACAUCUGCGUAUCCAUCAAAGGACUCACACAGGGGAGAAGCCAUAUAAAUGCAUGGAAUGUGGAAAGAGCUUCAGUAACAGUUCGAAUCUUCGUACCCAUCAAAAGAUUCACACAGGAGAGAAGCCACAUAAAUAGGACAAGUGCAAAGAAGCCAGAAUGUUUGUCCAAAGAACUUCUAAGGACUAUGACUUAAAAUAGACAUGAACAGGAAGUGGAAGGGGAAGAAAUCACAAAAUCAUAUAACCAUAGAGUUGGAAGAGACCUCAUGGGUCAUCUAGUCCAACCCCCUGCUAAGCAGCAGGAAAUUCCAUUCAAAGCACCCCUGACAGAUGGCCAUCCAGCCUCUGCUUAAAAGCCUCCAAAGAAGGUUCCACAGCUGAACUGCUCUCAUAGUGAGGAACUUCUUCCUUAUGUUCAGGUGGAAUCCCCUUUCCUGUAGUUUGAAGCCAUUAUUCUGCAUCCUAGUUUGCAGAGCAGCAGACAACAAGCUUGCUCCCUCCUCCUUAUGGGAUUUUGGCCUGCAUAAAUAGGGGCAGAGUGUCUAGAUCCAGGGAAGUCAUGCUCCCCCUCUAUUCUGCCUUGGUCAGACCACUUUACCUGGAAUCACACUGUGUCUAAUUCUGGGCACUGCAAUUGAAAGGAGACGUUGAAAAGCUGGAAGAAAUAGAAGAGGCAAAUGUAGUAGCAUUGAGGAAAAUAGUUUGAAAAAAUUAAUACACAUCUAUCUUGGUUUGGAAAGACAGCAAUACUAAAAAUGAAAAUGCUUCUGAGGAUAAACUUUAUACUUACAUAUACCUUAUAUUUAUAAUGCCAUUUCAGAUUAUAGAAGAAGAGUUGAAUACAUGAUUUCUUUGCAACAUUUCUACCCCACCUUUCUCCACCCCAAAGGAGACUCAUUUGGACAAAUGAUAAAUACUGUAAUGGCAGUCAAAGAAAUUGACGAAACAAGUUACAGAACAGAUCUCAAAAAGAAGAAGGAUUAGCGCUUCCUCAUAUCAAAAAAUAUUAUAAGGCAAACAGACUGAGAUUGGUUAUACAAGGAAUGAUGAAAAGGAGGAUGUAGAAUAGUUAAUAAUGGAUUCAGGAAAAGCGGAAGAAGAAAUUCGGAAUAGGUUUUAAAAUAGUUUAUGAGAAAAAAAAAUAAGGUAAACUGGGAACCCAAUGUUGAGUAAUGCAUUAGAAAUAUGGAACAAAUACAGGAGAAAGUUAAUAACAGAUGGCUCAAUAAUAACCCCAAUUAUAAUGGAAAAGACAUUUACAAAAAAUAAUAUAUAUAUAUGAUGGAUAAAAAAUUAAGGGGAAAAACUUAGAUAAAAUAGGGGAUUGGCUAAAGGUUGGAAUGAAGAAAGAAAAGAUUAGGAACAUAAAAAUUUGAAAGGAAUAUCCAGUAAAAUUUCUAAAAUAUUAAUUGAAAAAAACAAAGCAAAAGUAAAGAAUAACACCUUCAAGAAGAUUUGGAAAGAAGAUAUAGGAAUGAAAAUCAAUGAAACAGAGGGGUUACAAUUAUGGGCACAAAGACACUUGAAAAAUAUAUCCAUAUGUGUUAAAGAAAAUUAUUAUUUAGUUGAUAUGGAAAUGGUACCUCACACCCAUAAGAAUAGGAAAUAUAAAUAAAAACUACUCAAACAAUUGCUGGAGAGGAUGCCAAGAAUCGGGAACAUACAUACAUAUGUGGUGGCAGUGUCAAUAUAUAAAUAAUUUCUGGGGAAAAGUAUUAAGAGAGAUAGAAGACACAAUGAACAUUCAAAUAGAAAGAAGUCUUAGCAUGGCUUUAUUCUCAUUAUAUAAUAAUAAACAGUUGGAAAAAGAGGACAAAGAUGCGAUAACAAACGCAUUAACAAUUGCAAGACAGCUUAUAGCAAGGAAGUGGAAAAAGGAAAUAAAUAUAGAGAUAGAAGAAUGGUAUAAGGAUGUAUGGAAACUGGGAAGAAAUGAUAGGUUGACGUGGAGAGGGAUUUAGAAACAAAGUGGUUGUGAUGAUGUCUGGAGAAAAUGUAUUGGAAGAGGAUUCGAAAAGAAAGACGGAAUUACCUCCUCAAGAGGGAAUGAAAAGGAAUUUUGGACAGAUGAUAAAUAAAAAAAGUGACUUGGGGGAGGGUAAGAAAUCUGUAUAAGCGUGACAAUAACAGUAGAUGCCAAAUGUUAAUGUAUUGUAGAUUGUACUGAAUAUUAUGUGGCUGCUGUAAAAGGAUGUACGAUUUUUUUAAAAAAAAUAAUAAUAAAUGUAUUUGUAAUUUGUAUAAAUAUGCAUUUGUUUUUCUUUCUUGUAUUUAAAUAUAAAUUAUUUUUAAAAACAGAUUAUGAUGUAGCAGCUAUAAAAGCCAAUGUGAUUCCAGGCUGUCCCGAUAGGAGGAUUCUGUCUAUAUCCAAGGAAGUCACGGCCUCCUUUCUUCCGCUUUGGUCAGACUCACCUGGAAUGACCCUGUCUCCAGUUCUCGGUCCCACAAUUCAAGACGGAUAUUGACAGGUCAGAAUAUCUCCAGAGACGGGAUGUAGAGAAGGGCGGAGAGACAGCUGGGUAUGUUUCACUUGGAGGAAAGAAGGAAGGGCUUCUCCCUCGGCAGGAAGGAAAUGUUGGAUCCCAAAAGGGUUGGCCGUGGUCAGGAUGAGAGGUGGACGGAGAGGAAAGGCAUGUCCAUGAGACCCCGUGUUGCCUCCUCCUGGAAUGGACUCCUAGGACCCUAGAGCCGGAAGAGACCCCCAAGGGCCACCCCGUCCUGCCCCUGCCAUGCAGGAAGGCACAAUCAAAGCACUCCCGAUAGAUAUCCUCUGCAGAGAAGCCUCCAGAGAAGGACACUCCACCACACUCUGAGGCAGCCUAGGCCACUCUCCAACAGCCCUUACUCGUUCUUAUUGUGUAUCUUUGUAUAUUAAGAGAAGACCUGUAAAUAGUUAUAAGUAGUGAAUAAAUCAAGAAUAAAACCUCCAAGGACUUUGGAUGAAA